AUGCGUUUCCCAACGCGUACCACUACAUUCCGCUUCUCUGCUCUUCUGAGCACAACGACAUCGCCGACGAGGUGUUCCAGUCGUCUCUUGUUUCUGAAGCUUUCACCUGCGACACAACCACGGAGAAGGAUGGCAAGUUCUCAGGCUGCCGUGUUUGGUCUCAAUGACCCUAGUUUGAUCAAGUUCCAAGGCCUAAUCGACGGAAAAUGGCUGGACGCAAAGAGUGGGGAGACUAUCCUUGUCACCAAUCCUGCAACGAAUGAAGAGUUGGGUACUGUCCCUGAGAUGGGUCUGGAGGAGACGAAAGAAGCUAUCGAGGCUGCUGCCAAGGCGUUUACGACUUGGGGUCGGACGACUGCAAAGUACCGACACGACCUCCUCAUCAAAUUCUUCCAGCUCAUGCAACAACACCAGGACGACCUGGCGCGUCUCAUUACGUUAGAGAACGGGAAGACUUUGACUGAAGCAAAGGGCGAAACGGCGUAUAGCGCGUCUUUCAUUGAGUGGUUUGCUGAGGAGUCUGUACGAACAUACGGAGAGCAAAUCCCUUCCCCCUUCCACAACGUCCGAAACGUCGUCGUCAAACAACCCGUCGGCGUCGUAUCGAUCCUCACACCAUGGAACUUCCCAUCCGCAAUGAUCACCCGCAAGCUCGGUGCCGCCCUCGCCGCAGGGUGCACAGCUGUCAUCAAACCACCUCCUGAAACACCGUUCUCCGCUCUUGCUCUCGCCGAGCUCGCCGCCAGAGCAGACAUCCCACCCGGCGUGAUCAACAUUGUCACCACCCAAAAGAACGUCACUGAAGUCGGUCGUGAACUCUGCGAAAACAAGAUUAUCAAGAAGGUUAGCUUUACGGGGUCUACGCCUGUCGCAAAGCUGCUAUACGGUUUGGCUGCAUCUACGUUGAAGAAGGUCUCUCUCGAAGCGGGAGGCAACGCGCCCUUCAUCGUGUUCGAUGACGCCGAUGUAGACGAGGCCGUCGAAGCCGCCAUUGUCUGCAAGUUCAGAGGGAGCGGUCAAACAUGCGUCUGCGCCAACAGGAUCUUUGUUCAAUCUGGGGUCUACGCCGAGUUCGCAUCGAGGUUGGCUGAGCGUGUCGCGGCUUUCAAGGUCGGCAAUGGACUGGAAGAGGGAGUAACCCACGGCCCACUUAUUCACGCAAAAGCAGUCGAAAAGGUCGAGCGACACGUCGCCGACGCGGUCUCUAAAGGCGCACAGGUGCUCGUAGGCGGCAAGUCAAUCCCCAACUCUUCCUUCUUCAUCCCCACCGUCCUCUCCGACGUCCCCUCCGACGCAGCACUCAACACCGAAGAAACGUUUGGCCCUCUCGCAGCCCUUACCAAAUUCGAAACCGAAGACGAAGUGAUCAGGUUGGCGAAUAACACUGAUGUGGGAUUGGCAGGGUAUUUCUUCUCGAGGGAUGUAGGCAGGGUGUGGAGGGUCGCGGAGGCGUUGGAGGUGGGGAUGGUUGGUGCGAACACGGGGUUGAUCAGUCAGGCUGUUAUUCCGUUUGGAGGUGUCAAGGAGAGUGGUUUGGGAAGGGAGGGUGGACCCCAUGGUAUUGAGGAGUACAUGAACACCAAGUUGAUUGUGUUUGGAGGGCUUUGA